AUGACGCUCAGGGGGUGCGUGGUGUCCCUGUCUUGGAUGUGGUUCCUCGUAAACAUGGCUCAGUCCCAAAGGGCGGAAGAUGACAAGCCGAAUAUUGUCCUGAUAAUGGCGGAUGACCUUGGGAUUGGAGACCUGGGCUGCUAUGGUAACGAUACCAUCAGGACCCCUCACAUCGACAGCUUAGCUAGAGAAGGGGUGCAGCUGAACCAGAACAUCGCCGCAGCCUCCGUGUGCACCCCAAGUCGGUCUGCUUUUCUCACGGGAAGGUACCCCAUCCGAUCAGGAAUGGUUUCCAAUGGAAUUAAACGUGUCCUCAACCCCCUUGGCGUCCCUGGUGGACUCCCAACUAAUGAAACAACCUUUGCAGACUUAGUCAAGAGGCAAGGAUACAGCACAGGAAUUAUCGGGAAAUGGCAUCAGGGCUUAAACUGCCGAUUCAGAAAUGACCACUGCCACCAUCCGUCUAAGUAUGGGUUUGAUUACUUCUACGGCAUGCCAUUCACUCUCUUUGAGCCUUGCUGGCCGGAUCCUUCACGGGACACGGAAUUAGCCGUCAACCACAAAGUCUGGCUCAUUGUGCAGCUGGUCCUCGUGGCUGCGCUCACCCUCACUGUAGGGAAACUGAGGCGCUUGAUCUGGGUUCCCUGGUCCCUCAUCCUCUUCAUGGUUCUUCUUAUUUGUCUCCUGAGCUACUCUUGGUUAUCCAGUUACACAUCUUCUCUGUACUGGGAUUGCAUCCUCAUGCGUGAGCACAAAAUUACAGAGCAGCCCAUGAAGGCAGCAAGAGCAGGGUCCAUCAUGGUGAAGGAGGCGAUUUCGUUUUUUGAAAGGCACCGUGAAGGACCCUUCCUCCUCUUCUACUCCUUUCUUCAUGUCCACUCGCCUUGCCCCACGACAAAGGACUUCAUUGGCACCAGCAAGCACGGCUUAUAUGGGGAUAACGUGGAGGAGAUGGACUUCUAUGUGGGCAAACUUCUUGCUGCCAUUGAUGAUCUGGGGCUGAGGAAUCACACACUGGUCUUCUUUGCAUCAGACCACGGAGGCCAUUUGGAGGCAAGGUUGGGCCACACCCAGCUUGGUGGAUGGAAUGGGAUAUACAAAGGCGGGAAAGGCAUGUCAGGCUGGGAAGGUGGGAUCCGUGUGCCUGGACUUUUCCGAUGGCCCGGAAAAUUGCCAGCUGGCAAAGUGAUUGAGGAACCUACAAGCUUGAUGGAUAUCCUACCCACUGUAGCAGCUUUGUCAGGAGGGAUUGUUCCUGAGGACAGGGUGAUUGAUGGCCGAAACCUCAUGCCCUUGCUUCAGGGGAAGGUACAACAUUCUGAGCAUGAGUUUCUGUUUCACUACUGUACUAAGUUUCUCCACGCCGCGCGAUGGCACCCAAAGAACAGUGAAGCAGUGUGGAAGGUUCAUUAUGUGACACCCAUAUUCCAGCCUCCAGGAGCUCAGGCCUGCUAUGAGACCCUACUUUGUCAAUGUGCAGGGGAAAAUGUCACCUACCAUGACCCUCCCUUGCUGUUCGAUCUCUCCCGAGACCCUUCCGAGUCCACCCCGCUGACAAGUGACACAGAGCCGCUCUAUGACUUGGUGAUCAGCACGGUGGCUGAUGCCCUGAUGGAGCACAAGAAAUCCAUCACCCCAGUUGAGCUGCAGCUUGGUCCAGAACUGAAUCAUGAACGUGUGUCACUGAAGUCCUGCUGUGGGGUGUUCCCAUUCUGUCUGUGUGACAAGGAGGAGGGAGAAGGGAACAUACUAUGAAGCAGCGAUUGA